AUGUUCGCCUCUUUCUGCCGGCGGCGGCUCCUCCUCCACAUCCGCAAGAUCCCCGGCGGCGGCGGCACAAACCCCCUCCAGUCCAUCCCUGGAGCCAUUCAUCUCACCCACAGUUCCUCCUUGACCGCCGUCUCCUCUGCACCCAACUCCGAACUCUGCCCAGCCACCGUCUCCUACCUCAUCUCCUGCGGCCUCUCCCCCGCCGCCGCCGCCACCGCGGCGACCACUCAGAAGACCCGCAUCCUCUCGACCGACAAGGCCGACGAUGUGCGUGCCCUCCUCAGAGACUACGGCUUCACCGACGCGGACAUCGUCCGGACGCUGCGCGGCGCCGCGAAGCUCCUCAUCGCCGACCCCGAACGGAUUCUCCGCCCCAAGCUCGCCUUCUUCGCCUCCCUCGGCUUCGAGCCCCGCAAGCUCGCCCAUUCGCCGUCCCUCCUGGGACGCAGCCUCGACAAGCACCUCGUCCCCUCCAUCCAGUUCCUCCGCGACACCAUCGGCACCGACGACCAGCUCCGCAUCGCUUUCCACCGCAAACCCCGCGCCCUCACGGUGGAUCUCGACAACAACAUGCGCCCCGCCGUGGAAGCCCUCCGCCGCGGCGGCCUCGCCGAGGCUGCCAUUUCGAAGCUCCUCGUCAUCGAGCUGGCCGUGCUCAUGUUGUCACCGGAUCGGAUAAGCAAAAUCUUCCAGGACCUCAAAGAGAUCGGUGUGUGCACCGCGGACUCACGCUUCGUCUACUGCUUCGGCAUGAUGUGCACCGUUAAGAGAGAGACCUGGCUUCGGAAGCUCUCAUUGUACACAAGCUUCGGGCUGUCGGAGGGCGAGGUGUUCAACGCCUUCAAGACCCAGCCCAGGAUACUGAAUUUGGCCGAUGAGACCAUAGAAAAGAAGGUCCGCUUCUUGCUGGACGAGCUCAAGCUUGGAAUACAUGAUAUAAUGUCGCGGCCUGUGAUUCUAUGUUAUAGCUUGGACAAGUGCAUCAUGCCAAGGUGCGCAGUGCUCAGCGUGUUGAUGAGGGAGGGUAAGAUCCAGAGAGAUGUCAAGUUACUGCAGGCAUUGCUGGGUAAUUCCAGGGUUUUCUCCACCAAAUAUGUAUUCAAGCAUGCUGACAAGGUGCCAGAUGUUGUUAAGGCAUAUGAGGGUAAGAUCAAAUUUGAAGGAUUUGGAUGUAACAGAUGACUUGCUCAAUAGGCCGGUCUUGUCAAACGGUAUAACCCUAGAUUACGCUUAUGUUCCUACUGUCACUGAUUAAAUUUAAAGUCAUGACCCAUGAUUCUAACUCUGCUUCAGAGGACAAUUUUCCCCCGUAGAUGGUCCAUGUGUACUCAGUAUCAUCUACAUUGCUAGUUUAGCAGCUGCUAUUUUGCGUCCUGUAACCUAUUAAAAUCUACAAGUGUAGUAGAUGAUUGUGCCUUGAUACUGAAGCGUAGCAGCUGCUACUGAAGUUCCUUCA